AUGUCACAAGACGAUUACGCAGUCACCAAAGCAAGAGUGUUUAAAAUCCUGGACCAGAGCUCAUGGCGCCGACCGUCUCAGAACGGGCGUACUAUCCCGAAUGAGUUCAGCCCCACGGUCAUGGAAUACGUCGAGGAGCUGAACCGGACAGACUUGCCUGGUGGCGCGACCUCGAGUUCCGUGCACCUCAAUCUCUCACAACGCGAGGAGCGCGCUGUGGAUGUCUGCAACAGCUUCCUUGAGCAGAUGGGAAAUUCGGACCUUCUCUCCGAUCGACUAAAGGGGUGCGAUGUACAGUUUGCCAGGCUGCUGACUACGAACUUCGAGGUGAAAGGCCACCCACAUGUUGUGGUUCGCCAUGCUUGUCAUCUGCUGAGAAGGUUACCAGUAACUGCGGCACCUUUGCUGAUCGAUGGAUUCGACCGACAUGAGGACUACUUGCUAAGGGAUGCUGGAGUGCUGUCGUCGAGCGCAAACCGCCGACUCAUGACAACUCGAUACAUUGACAGCAACACGAUUCGAUUUGCGUUACACAUCGCGUACAGAUGGCAAGAUCCUUUACCUUGGCAUGACCCCUACCGUAAAUUUGUCGACCUAUGCGGCGACUUGUUCGCAGGCUCUACGAAACUGUCUCUGAACUGGGGGAGAAUUGAUCCAACGUAUGCCACAAACGUAUGUCUGCUUCGCAUCUUCUUGUGGUCUGCUUGGCAACGGUCUAUAAUGCUAUACCUGUGGGCUGUGAUGGAUCACCACCUCAACAACACAAGGUCCCAACGUGAUGGUAUGUUUGCCAUCGGCAACACUCCUUUGUUGCAACGGACGAUGCAGAGAUCGAGCGAAGCAGCAGCGACUAACGGAGACUUGGAGAUGUCACAAAUACCACCUUACAUGUGCCAAUGGGCUUUUCGGCUACUGCGAGAGGACCUUGGCUCGGUCGCACAAGACUUCCGUCAGUUUUAG